UCAUUUAAACGACUCCUUUUUUAAAAUAAAUAAAUCGUUAGUUUUGUUGAUUGACAAAAAGUGACACAUUUCAUGCUUAAAAAAUACAUUCAUCAUUGUUGCAAAGUGAUUUAAAUAGAUGGAUUUAAAAGGGUGUCUAAUCACGAGUAGGACUUCUUGCUUCGUAUAAAUGUCUUAGUGAAAAUCUAAGAUGGCGGCGGUGACGACAAUGCGGCGCUGCGUCAGGAUCCUGAGACAUCUGCCCCAGUUGUCGUCCCGCCGCUGCAGACCGUGUCCCAGGCUCUGGACAGCAGGACCUGAUCAUGUCCUCCAUCACCCUUCAGAUUUCAGCUCACACCAAUGCAGAGGAUUCAGACAAAGCAGUGCGGCUUCUGGACAAGUUCUGCAAUUCAAGUUGUCGGACAUCGGCGAGGGUAUCAUGGAGGUGACGGUCAAAGAAUGGUACGUGAAGGAGGGCGAUAAGGUUUCCCAGUUCGACAGCAUCUGCGAGGUGCAAAGCGACAAAGCCUCCGUCACUAUAACAAGCCGAUACGACGGAAUCAUACGGAAGCUUCACUACGACGUGGACACGAUCGCCUUCGUCGGAUCACCUCUCGUAGACAUCGAGACAGACGGGCCACAAGAUGGCGGUCAUGUGGAGGAUGUUGUUGAGACACCUGCGGUAUCUCAUGAACACACGCACCAAGAGAUUAAAGGACAUAAAACUCUGGCUACCCCCGCAGUGCGACGUCUUGCCAUGGAGAACAACAUUAAGCUGAGCGAGGUGGUGGGGACAGGAAAGGACAGCCGUAUCCUAAAGGAGGACAUCCUUAACUUCUUGGCCAAACAGACAGGCGCUAUCCUUCCUUACGACGAUGUGAAGGUGCCGUCGGCACCAGCUGCUCCCACCAAGGCUGAGAAACCAGCCCCAAGUCCUACACCCACCGUCCCCCGGCCUGUCUUUACUGGGAAAGACAGGACGGAGCCACUCAGUGGUUUCCAGAAGGCCAUGGUGAAGAUAAUGACUGUCGCCUUGAAGAUCCCUCACUUCGGUUACUGUGAUGAGGUGGACCUCACCGAGCUGGUGCGAUUACGCUCAGAAAUGAAAGGUCUGGCUGAAUCUCGGGGAGUCAAACUUAGCUACAUGCCCUUCUUCAUUAAGGCUGCUUCUCUCGGCCUGCUGCAGUUCCCCAUCCUCAACGCCUCAGUCGAUGAAGGCUGUCAGAACAUCACGUACAAGGCGUCCCAUAACAUCGGGCUGGCCAUGGACACUCCGCAGGGUCUGCUGGUGCCCAACGUGAAAGGCGUGCAGGCUCUGAGCGUGUUUGAAAUCGCAGCUGAGCUGAACCGACUGCAGGCGCUGGGCUCAGGCGGGCAGCUGGGCACGGCCGACCUGACGGGGGGCACGUUCACUCUCUCCAACAUUGGCUCAAUCGGAGGGACCUACGCCAAGCCGGUGAUCCUGCCUCCGGAGGUGGCCAUCGGAGCUUUGGGAAAGAUCCAGAUCCUGCCGAGGUUCGACGCCGGUGGUGAGCUGGUCAAAGCCCACGUGAUGAGUGUGAGCUGGUCGGCCGAUCACCGCGUCAUCGACGGGGCCAGCAUGUCCCGCUUCUCCAACCUGUGGCGCUCGUACCUGGAACGACCCACCUCCAUGCUGCUAGACCUCAAAUGAGAGACGUUCACUCUGUAGAGUCCAUACAAACUAGCGAUUCAUCACUACACUGUGCCUUCUCGCGGAUAUUCACAAAACCUUGAUCGUUAACUUUUCUUUUGACUGAACUCAGCUGUGUGUGCACAUUUCAAUAAAAUCACAGUUGUCGUGUCUCGUAGAUAAAUUUGAUUUGCUUUCUGAUUCUCUACUCAAGUGGUCACCAACCCUCUUCCUUGAGGUCUACCUUCCUGCAGGUUUCAUCUCCAACCAAAAUCUAACACACCUCUUUUAGGUGAUCAAGAACUUCUUAAGGCAAUGAUUAGAUGGUCAGUGGGCUAAUAUAACGGAGGAUAAUACGAGAAUAAUUUACCCAUAACACAUUGCAUUGUGGCCAUUCUCAGUUUUCUUUCUAAUUAGUAAACUAACAUCACUCUAUAGCUAGCUCAAUAUAUUAUCCAGCUAGAUAAUAAGCAAGCCGGUGUCAUUCUUUACACUCUGUUUUCUUUGUACUAUCUAGAGUCAUAUUUCCAUGCUAAUUAAAUAAGCUAGUAUUACUAAUAAUAUUGCCUUUUAGCCUGCUAAGCAGAU